CGUUCUCCCACAGAAUCCAGCUCCGUGAAGCCCCAAAAUACUCUUAACCCCAGGGAACCAAACCCUAAUUCCUCCUUUUGAUCUCGUCUCUCCCCGGAUUCUCCCCUCUUUCUCCUCGAAUUAUUGGAAUGUCUCCUUAAUUUCCCGUUCCCUCCGUGGGAAUCUCGUCCGACUUGAGCUGAUUUCGCAGUCUCGGCGGCCAAGCUGCUUCCUUGUGAAUUUCAUUGAUUGAUUUGCGAUCACUCCUCCAUCAGUAAAUCAGAGGGGCAUUUUUCUGUAUUUUUUGAUCGAACAGGAUGCUUUGAGGAAUUUGUGGUGAGAGCAGGAUAGAAAUAUGGGUAGCAGUGAGACUGAAAAAUCUGCAAAGGAGAAAGAGACGAAGGCAGCACCUCCUACUACCCUGGAACAAUCUUCAACUGCUAGUGCCAACACAGUUACUCCAGAUUGGUCUGGUUUUCAGGCAUAUUCUCCUAUUCCUCCACAUGGUUUUUUGGCAUCAAGUCCCCAUGCUCAACCAUAUAUGUGGGGCGUUCAGCAUAUUAUGCCUCCUUAUGGCACCCCACCCCAUCCCUACGUUGCAAUGUAUCCCCAUGGUGGCAUAUACGCACACCCAUCUAUGCCCCCGGGAUCUUUUCCUUUUAGUCCUUUCGCCAUGCCUUCUCCAAAUGGGAUUGCUGAGGGAAGUACAACUGGGGAAGCUGAUGGUAAGCCAUCUGAAGUGAAAGAAAAAUUGCCUAUCAAAAGAUCGAAAGGGAGCCUUGGGAGUCUGAAUAUGAUUACAGGAAAGAACAAUGAGCUUGCCAAAACAUCUGGAGCAUCUGCUAAUGGUGCUUAUUCAAAAAGUGCUGAGAGUGCAAGUGAAGGUACAAGUGAAGGAAGUGAUGAUUCUCAGAACGACUCCCAACCGAAAUCGGGAGGCAGACCAGACUCAUUGGAAGAUGUAUCUCAAAAUGGCAAUGCUGAACAUGGUUCUCAAAAUGGAGGAUCAAAUACUCCGCAUGCAACGGUGAACCAAUCAAUGGCAUUGGUGCCAAUCGCUGCUGCUGGCCCAGCAGGUGUUCCUGGUCCCACUACAAAUUUGAAUAUUGGAAUGGAUUACUGGGGUACUCCUGCUAUCCCUGCAAUUCGGGGGAAGGUUCCUUCUACUCCAGUUGCAGGAGGAAUGGUCACUCCUGGGUCAAGAGAUAGCGUUCAGUCUCAGAUGUGGCUACAGGAUGAAAGAGAACUUAAACGGCAGAGAAGGAAGCAGUCAAACCGAGAGUCUGCUCGGCGAUCUCGGCUUCGGAAGCAGGCUGAAUGUGACGAUCUUGCACACCGUGCUGAUGCUUUAAAAGAGGAAAAUGCCUCUCUAAGAGCUGAAGUGAGCCGCAUCAGGAGUGACUACGAGCAGCUUCUUGCGGAGAAUGCUUCUCUGAAGGAAAGGCUUGGGGAAGUUCCCGCGCAUGAAGAUUCAAGGUCUGAAGAAAGACAAUUGAACGGUGAAUCUCAGAAGACAGCAAAGGCUGAACAUGGCCAGAGUGCUCACUAGAGUUAUCGGUUUCCCUGUCAUUCUGGUUUCUGGAGUGUAACCUAACCAACUAGCAACAGAAAGUUCUCAUUUUACGUAGUAUGUAGUUCCACCGCUUAUUGAAGCUGACCUUCAUAGUUUUAGGAUAUGUUAAUUGUCUUGCCUUAAUUGUCUGUCAGCAAGCCUUAUAGUUGAGGAUGUAGGAAUGGGGCUUGAGCACUGUGAAGUUUGCCUUCCACCCUUAUUUUUAUUUGUUGAGAAGGGUAGCAUUCACACUUAUGUGUACCGAGUACUGUUGAUUGAUGUGUAAUUCAGAGAAUUUAAUGAGCUUGAGCAUGCUGUUGACGA